AUGAGAUAUGUUCACUGUGACAUAAAACCCGAUAACAUCUUAAUUGUCGACGGAAAAGCGAAGAUCGCCGAUUUCGGUCUUACUACGAGGGAAGGAGAGGAAUCCACCAAUGGAUACAUAAGGGGAACGCCGCUGUAUGUGGCUCCCGAGUCUGCUUCAAGGUAUGAGUACAAUGCAACGGCAGACAUUUGGGCUUUAAGAUGCUCGGUGUCGGAAAUGGCUUCCGACCAACUACCUUGGCUCAAUGUCGAGGAUUUUGACUAUGGAAUUUGGCCUCUGUUGUUUCGAAUCGGGUGCAACGAUGAGUUGUCGCAGAUCCCCCAGAGAUGUCGGAGGAGGGUAAAGAUUUUCGUCGUUGUUGCUUCUAGAAAGAUCCAAACAAAUUCUGUUUGGUUACUCAUUGGCCAAUUCAGUAAUUCCACUUACUCCUCCGAGAACUUUGAAACAACUGGAUUCAUUUUCGAUUUUAGAUGCGGUGAGAGAGAUGAUGAGAGGAUUGGCCACACUAAAAAACUGUCAGAUUGGGCGAACACUUUGUCGGAGAAGGAGGAGGAGGAGGAGGGAGGAUGGUUUACUGUGAGGGAGAAGAACUCGAGUGGUAGAAUUCAAGAAGAGAUUGUUCAGCCCGAAGAGUCUCUUUCUUAUGCUUGA